UGUUGUUAUUAUUUGGUUUUUGUUUGGUCCUGUUUCACGUGUGAGUUCGUAUUUGUUACUUGUUCUUUAUUUAGAAUGAGUGAUGCAGAACAAACUUUAGAUCAACCUUCAGUUGAAACUCUCCUUAAAAAACGAAAAGUGAAAAAGCCAGGAAUAAUCUAUUUAAAUUAUAUUCCUCGAUAUAUGACUGUCAAAAAAGUUCAGGAAUACUUCUCAGAAUUUGGUGAAGUUCGUCGGUUGUUUCUAAAACCUGAACGGCCAAAGAAGAAAGGGAAGCCAAGCAAAUUUUUCUCUGAAGGUUGGGUUGAGUUUACAUCAAAAAAAGUUGCAAAGCGAGUGGCAGAGUGUUUAAAUAACACCCAAGUGGGUGGCAAGCGACAUACACCUUAUUUCGAUGCCCUAUGGAGUAUUAGAUAUUUACCCAAAUUCCAGUGGAGUCACCUACAUGAACGUGAGGCUUAUCAAAAAGCUGAAGCUGGACAGUUAAUGAGGGCUGAAAUUGCACAAGCAAAACGAGAAAUCAACUUCUAUUCUCGAGGUGCUGAUAAACAUAAACGAAGAAAAAUGAACAAGACUAACAAUGAAAAUAUAAGUGAAGCAGAUAAUGAUAUUAAGCUUCCUCAAGCAAAAGCUAUAGACAAUUCUUGUGAAGAAAAUAAAUCCAAAGAUGACAGAGGAAUAAAUGUAAUAUCACAAUUAUUUUGAAAUAAAAUCAUUGUAUAUAUCAACAA